AUGCUGUGGGUGAUGAGAUUAUCCGGGUUCAUAUCCGCCGCGAUGGUGAUGGUCGUGCUUUCCCCUUCCCUCCAAUCCUUCCACCCGGCGGAGGCUAUCAGAUCCUCUCACCUCGAUCCGUACCUGAGGCUCCCGGCCGCCGCGCAUUCCCUCGACAAAUUCUCCUUCCGGCGGGCUCCGGCUUUCCGCAAUGCUCCCGAAUGCCGGCCGUCGAAAUCGGAAGAAUCCGGCAUCUGCGACCCCUCUCUGGUCCACGUCGCGAUUACUCUCGACGUCGAGUACCUGCGCGGCUCUAUCGCCGCCGUUCAUUCGAUUCUCCAGCAUUCGAAAUGCCCGGAGAGCGUCUUCUUCCAUUUCCUGGUCUCCGAGACGGGCCUCGAAACCCUAGUCCGAUCCUCCUUCCCCCAAUUGAAGUUCAAAGUGUAUUUUUUCGACCCGGAGCGCGUCCGGAGCCUGAUUUCGAGCUCCGUGAGGCAGGCGCUCGAGCAGCCGUUGAACUACGCCCGGAAUUACCUCGCUGACCUUCUAGAAGCCUGCGUGACCCGGGUGAUUUACUUGGAUUCAGAUCUGGUCGUAGUCGACGACAUUUCGAAGCUGUGGAGGACGAGCUUGGGGAAGAAAACAAUUGGCGCGCCCGAGUACUGCCACGCGAAUUUCACGAAGUAUUUCACGGAGCAUUUCUGGUCGGACUCAAGAUUCUCCGGCGUAUUCUCCGGCCGGCGGCCGUGCUACUUCAACACGGGGGUGAUGGUGAUAGAUCUGGGGAAAUGGAGGCGGUUCGGGUACACGCGCCGCAUAGAGGCGUGGAUGGAGACGCAGAAGACGAGCUCGAGCCGAAUCUAUGAGCUCGGCUCGCUGCCGCCGUUCCUACUGGUGUUCGCUGGACGGGUGGCGCCGAUCGAGCACAGGUGGAACCAGCACGGGCUGGGCGGGGACAACGUGAGGGGGAGCUGCAGAGACCUCCACGCGGGUCCAGUGAGUCUGCUGCACUGGAGCGGCAGCGGCAAGCCGUGGCUCCGGCUCGACUCGAAGCAACCGUGCCCGCUAGACUCACUGUGGGCGCCGUUCGAUCUGUAUGGAUACUCGGCGUGA